AUUGCGACAACACUUCAGGUUAAUGCGCAAAUGUGUGAGAAGAUGGAGAAAUGGGUUCAUGUUGAUUUUGUUGGCUGAUAUAUUUCAUUAUAUAUAAGCCAUGGAUCUCCGUGGAAAUCCAAGAUUCAUGGGACAGAUGCGAUUUCCAGGUGGAGUGGGAAACAAUAUCUCCCCUCGGAUGCACCAGCACCAGGGUGUGAUUCCAAAUGGGAGUCCGUUUCUACAAAAUCAGUCGCCGAACAAUCCAGUAUUGGCACAGAUGUCCCCUAGUCUCAGACUUCCAAUGGGGUGUCAUCCGACUGGACCCCCUCCCCCUACCAUGAGGUUGUUCAGUCCUGUAGGCAAUGUCCCGAUCACUGGGCCUGGCCAGCCUGUACAGCCACUAUGGGGGUCAGGUGCCAUAGCAGGGAUGCAACGUCCCAAUCCCAUGACUGCCCGAGGACAAAUGAUGCCAGGAAAUAUGAACAUUGGAAAUGUUUCAUCUCUGAAUUUCAUGGGGGCAGCCCCCAAUGUACCUUCUCAACAUGACCAGCUAGCAUUUAACCCAACGGCAAUCAAUUUACAGGUACCACAACAAGGUGGCAUGGGUUUUAUGAAUGGUGGCCAGAUAAGAUCUCCAGUUUUUCAAAACAUGAACCAGGCACCCUUUGGUAUAGCGGGUAACAUGGGGCCGGGUCAGAACCAGCCAAAUCAAAACUGUCAGAAUGUGGACAGUAAGGGGGCAGACAAGAGAAACCUUCAGUCCUCUCUCAGGUCCCAAAAUUACAGAGACAGAGGACGGAGAGAUCAUGAUAGAGGUCAAGGUCAGGAAAGACGUCAUGGGUCAAACGGUAGACACAACAGAGACAGUGAAAGGUCACAGCGUUCUGACCGCAACAGCAAUGACCGAGGUGGUUUUAGAAGCAUGGCGAGUGAUAGAAGCAGUGAAAAGCAGGGUGCCAUACAUGCUCGAGACCGAGAUUCAACUGAAUCUAGAAAAUCCAGGCGUGAGUCUUUUGGCAGGACAGACUCCCGAAGGGGAGGUAACUCUAGACCUAGAGAUAGUCCAAAAGAUGAUAACACACAGAAAAAUGAUACAAGGGGAUACGGUUCAAGGAGGGAGAAUUCAAGAGGAAAUAUUAGGAGGGAUAACAACUCUAGAAGUAGCGGCACAAGAGGAGAUAAUGUAAAUGAGAGCCCAAGAGGAGGAGGUCGUCGAGAGAAUAGACCAUAUGGAAACCGUGAAAAUGAAGAUGAAACGAGAGGAACCAAGAGACGAAACAAUGAAGAAUCUUACUCCAGUGAUUCAAAAAGGAAACGGACAUUAAGUCCAGAGCUGAUGACAUCAAAGCCUGAAGAAGGAUUAGCUGGUGAGGAGCCAUCAGACGAGGAAACAGAGAGCCAGGACCAAUCCGAGGCUGUAGAGCCCAAUGAUGUUACCCCACCUGCCUGGAUCAGGUGUUCUCCGGCCGAUCUCUACUUCAUAAGGAACACUGAGUCAGGGUGUGUGGAAAGUACAAAGAGAAUGACUGACCUGGAGGCCAAGUUUGACCAGGAGUUGCUUCAGCGAGCCAAGUUAAUCAAGGAAGCUCAGCCAAAGGUUGAGGUACCCCCACCACUUCCGGUUCAUAGCCACGUCCACCACCAUCAUCACUCAGAUUCGGACAGUAGCAGCAGCAGUAGUAGCAGUAGUGGUUCUGAUUCUGACGAGAACGAGGAUGAGGACAACAAAUGGAUGGAGGAGCUCAACAGGAAAAAGAAUCAUCCUUACAGACUCCACGAGGAACUCUGGUACAACGACCCAGGGGAGAUGAAUGAUGGCCCUGUAUGUCGCUGUAGUUUGAAAUCGAGAAGGACCGGCAUACGUCACGACAAAUAUCCGGGGGAGGAGGCUUCUGAUAGGUGUAACCCUGUAUCCAGCAAUACUAAUCUGCUGUACCACUAUGUCAUCACCAUGUCUCCACCAACCAACUUCUUGACUCGAAGCCCAACCAUUAUAGAGCAUGAUAAUCAUGAAUAUAUUUUUGAAGGAUUUUCAUUAUUUUCUCACUACAAGCUUGAAAAUAUACCUGUGUGUAAAGUGAUCAGGUUCAACAUCAGCUACACAAUCCACUUCUUUGAAGAAACUGUUCCUGAGAACUAUUCUAUCCGGAGCAUGGACCUGUUUUCCCAAUUUCUGUUUACUGAAAUCCUAGAACUGGUAGACCUGGACUGGAAGGGGCCAGGAGAUGACAACUCAUGCCCACGUUUUCACCUUAUGCCAAGAUUUGCUCGAAGUCUGCCAGAAAAUGGUAAAGAAAUCUUGUCAAUGAAUGAAGUCCUGUUAUAUUUGCUGCGAUGCUCUAAACCGUUGUUGGAGGAGACAGAACUUGCCCAGAUAUUGAAGUCUGACCAGCACGACUGGGAAAAUUUCCUGGAUGAAAUACGUGGAAUGGUAGUCACCUAUCCUGGAAUGAAGCCUAGCUCCCUGAGGAUUGACCAGUUGGACAGACAGCAGUCAGAAACAGAUGUGAUCACUUAUCCCCUCAUUAUCCACUUUGGUAUUCGACCAGCUCAGCUCAGCUACGCUGGUGACCCCUACUACCAGAAGACUUGGAAACAGUAUGUGAAGUUUAAGCACCUCCUGAACAGUAAACCCAAGGUGACCUUCUCCGACAAACAAAAGUUAGAGCAGAAGGAAAGUUACCUCCAGGAGCUCCGUACCAAGAGCACCAUGAAGAGGGAGGUCACCGUGGAGAUUAGUAGUGAGGGUUUCCUGAGGACCGGGAUUAAGUCAGAUAUAACCCAGCAUGCCAUGCUGAUCCCUGUGUUGCUAGGGCACCUGAGGUUCCACCAAUGCCUGUCUGUGUUGGAGAAAACUCUCGACUACAGGUUUAACGACAGAUCACUCUUACAGUUGGCCUUGACCCACACCUCAUACAAGGUCAACUAUGGAACAAACCCCGACCACGCCCGCAACUCUCUGUCAAACUGUGGAAGGAGGCAGUUAGAGUAUGGCGAUCGUAAGAUUCAUUACGCCCACACUCGCAAACGGGGUAUAAACAUCCUCUUAAACAUCAUGUCUCGGAUGGGUAACAAGGAGGAGUUGUCCUCGGAGAUCCCACACAAUGAGCGACUUGAGUUUCUCGGGGAUGCCGUAGUGGAGUUCAUCACAAGUGUCCACCUGUUCCAUAUGUUUCCCUGGCUAGAGGAAGGUGGACUGACCACAUACAGAGCCGCUAUUGUCCAGAAUCAACAAUUAGCUGUACUGGCGAAGAAGCUCACCCUACAGAACUUUAUGCUGUAUGCCCAUGGCCCAGACCUCUGUCACGAGUCCGACCUCAAACAUGCCAUGGCCAACUGUUUUGAGGCUCUCAUGGGUGCCCUAUUUAUAGACAAUGGUAUAGAGCUAGCAGGGCGCAUCUACUGUCAGACACUGUUUGAUGAUGACAGACUUGUGAAGACGUGGCGAGAGUUGGCAUUACACCCGCUCCAGGAGGAGGAGCCUAACGGUGACAGACAGUGGUUGGAAUCCAGCCCUGCCUUACAGAAAUUGUUGAAUUUUGAAGAAGCAACUGGGAUAACAUUCAACCACAUACGACUGCUGGCCAAGGCAUUUACCCUGAGGAGUGUUGGUUAUAACAACCUCACAUUGGGUCACAACCAGAGGCUAGAGUUCCUCGGAGACACGGUACUACAGCUGGUGGCGUCACAGUUUUUGUUCAGACACUUUCCUGACCAUCACGAGGGACACCUGUCAUUACUACGCAGUUCCCUGGUGAAUAACCGAACACAGUCUAUUGUGUGUGAUGACCUCAACAUGUCGGAGUAUGCUAUUUUUGCUGAAACGAGGGGAGAGAAGUUGUAUAUGAAAACUAAAGAAAAAGCUGAUCUUUUGGAAGCCUUCAUUGGAGCGUUGUUCGUAGACAAAGGUAUCGAAUACUGUGAAGUCUUCUGCAACGUCUGUUUCUUCCCGCGCCUCAAAGACUUCAUUAUGAACCAGGACUGGAAUGACCCCAAGUCCCAGCUCCAACAAUGCUGUCUCACUCUUAGAGAACUGGAUGGUGGCGAGCCUGACAUCCCCCUAUACAAAAUGAUUGAGGCAUUCGGACCGACAAACACCCGACAGUACACUGUGGCUGUGUACUUCCGCGACGAGAGAUUAGCCAAGGGCAUGGGCCACAGUAUACAGCAGGCAGAAAUGGCUGCAGCCAGGAACGCCCUCAAAGAGAGAUCAGAAUUAUUCCCUAUCCUUGCUCACCAAAAAAGAUUCCUGGAAAAGAAGCAGAAGAGGAGAAAGCAUGGCCGCAAACAAGGGGGAGGAGAGAGGAGUGGAGGGGAGCGAGGAUCCUCCUCAGCCUAUAGCCCUUCUCCCUCCAAGUCCGCCGACAGCAAGAGGAGACAGGGUGGGCGCACACGUUGAAAGUUUGAGGAAGAUAGUGGAGUGUAUAAUCAUCUCUCUGGCACUGCCACAAACGCACUCAUUAAAGAAUUUAGGAAACAGACCAGGUUCUGUUAUAAUGUCAGAUUAGAGAGGACUGUGAUCGGGUAGGGAACGUGUUGACAUUUAAUGAGAGAGUUAUUAUGAUAAGACCCUUUCCCUUUCAUUAACGAAAUAGCACACUAAAAUCUACCCCAGACUGGUGGUCAUGUGACACUAAAAUCUACCUCAGACUGGUGGUCAUGUGACACUAAAAUCUUCCCCAGACUGGUGGUCAUGCGACACUAAAAUCUACCCCAGACUGGUGGUCACGUGACACUAAAAUCUACCCCAGACUGGUGGUCAUGUGACACUAAAAUAUACCCCAGACUGGUGGUCAUGUGACACAAAUCUACCCCAGACUGGUGUUCAUGUAACACUAAAAUCUACCCCAGACUGGUGGUCAUUUGGCAUUAAAAUCUACCCCAGACUGGUGGUCAUGUGACACUAAAAUCUACCCCACACUGGUGGUCAUGUUACACUAAAAUCUACCUUAUUUAGACUGAGUUUAAUUAUGGCACUUUAGUAGAAUCUCUGGCUUUGCUAAUUUGUUUGUGGGAGUUUAACAUUAGAGGACCUUGUUUUGGUAUCUAAUCUGGUUGUCUCACUAUCAACGAGUGGUAACGAGGAAAAUAUUAAUUACUGGUUUCGAACUAAUAAGCCCACUAUGUAUUUACAAAAUCGCAAGAGGGGUGCACUUAAUAAAUCCUUUUCAUGCUAAAACAGGCUGAAACAGACUGUAUCCUUAUGUGUUAAAACUGGCCGAAACAGACUGUAUCCUUGUGUGUUAAAACUGGCCGAAACAGACUGUAUCCUUGUGUGUUAAAACUGGCCGAAACAGACUGUAUCCUUGUGUGUUAAAACUGGCCGAAACAGACUGUAUCCUUGUGUGUUAAAACUGGCCGAAACAGACUGUAUCCUUGUGUGUUAAAACUGGCCGAAACAGACUGUAUCCUUGUGUGUUAAAACUGGCCGAAACAGACUGUAUCCUUGUGUGUUAAAACUGGCCGAAACAGACUGUAUCCUUGUGUGUUAAAACUGGCCGAAACAGACUGUAUCCUUGUGUGUUAAAACUGGCCGAAACAGACUGUAUCCUUGUGUGUUAAAACUGGCCGAAACAGACUGUAUCCUUGUGUGUUAAAACUGGCCGAAACAGACUGUAUCCUUGUGUGUUAAAACUGGCCGAAACAGACUGUAUCCUUGUGUGUUAAAACUGGCCGAAACCGACAUCCCAGUCUUGUUUAUGGGUGCCACAUUGUCACUACGGAAGCGAGUCAUGUAUCUGCAAGAUUUUGCAGCAGCAGAAGUUUCUGUUCACAGUGGAUGCUAACUGGUCAUGUUUCAGUGAAAAUGACGAUGUUGUGGGAGUUUUAGUCGACAAAAUUGGUCUAUUGAACAAGUGUGCAAUAAUAAAAACAAUCAUAAUUUGUAUCAGUUAGACUUCAAAAAUAUGUGCAAUCUUUCAAAGGAUGAAUCAAAUAACUCUAGAGACAAUUGGUCAAGUCUGGAACCAGAAACUGAUGCUAGACCACUGGCUUAUUUCCUAGUAAUGUAAACACUAAAGGGCACAAAGUCUUUGGUCAAAACACUGAAGUUAUAUUGGCAGAUCAGUGAGAUAAACAACCUUUAUGUUACCUAGUACUGUAAACACUGAAGUUAUAUUGGCAGAUUAGUGAGAUAAACAACCUUUAUGUUACCUAGUACUGUAAACACUGAAGUUAUAUUGGCAGAUUAGUGAGAUAAACAACCUUUAUGUUACCUGGUAAUGUAAACACUGAAGUUAUAUUGGCAGUUCAGGGAGAUAAACAACCUUUAUGUUAACUAGUAAUGUAAACACUGAAGUUAUAUUGGCAGAUUAGUGAGAUAAACAACCUUUAUGUUACCUAGGAAUGUAAACACUGAAGUUAUAUUGGCAGCUCAGUGAGAUAAACAACCUUUAUGUUAACUAGUAAUGUAAACACUGAAGUUAUAUUGGCAGUUCAGGGAGAUAAACAACCUUUAUGUUAACUAGUAAUGUAAACACUGAAGUUAUAUUGGCAGAUUAGUGAGAUAAACAACCUUUAUGUUACCUAGGAAUGUAAACACUGAAGUUAUAUUGGCAGCUCAGUGAGAUAAACAACCUUUAUGUUAACUAGUAAUGUAAACACUGAAGUUAUAUUGGCAGCUCAGUGAGAUAAACAACCUUUAUGUUAACUAGUAAUGUAAACACUGAAGUUAUAUUGGCAGCUCAGUGAGAUAAACAACCUUUAUGUUACCUAGUAAUGUAAACACUGAAGUUAUAUUGGCAGAUCAGUGAGAUAAACAACCUUUAUGUUAAGGGCACCAAUCCUCUAUCCCAGAAAAAAACGGCGGUGUAUUUAUAAAGUCGAAUGCAUUAUUUUG